GCUCCUUGUUCAAGGUGCGCUACUCUGCCACACAAGGCUGAUGUGGACACUUUACUAAACAGAACUGUUGCUGCGGGAACAAAAUGGAUUACUCCAAAUUUAUGGAUGACAAUUUUGAUGCAAAGGAAUGGGUGAACAGUGCCUUUCGAUGUCAGAGGGAGCCAGGAGUUUCUCUUGAUCAACAUGCAACAACCAUGGUUAUGAAACUUCAAAUGCUUAUUCAGGAAGUGAACAACAUUCUGGAAGAGGCCAGCCAGCAAGCUUUGCAAAAUCUUCCCAGGGUGGUGAGAGAGUUGGAUGCAGUGAAGCAAGAGUCAACUUUACUGCAGGAUCAAAUGAGAGCUGUGAAACAGGAUAUUGAGAGUGUAGAGAAAAAUACUGCGCAGUCCAUGCAAACCCUCUUGACCCUGGAUGAAAUCAAGUCUCGAAUGAAAAUGACAUCAGAUGCUCUGAAGGAAGCUGACAACUGGACAACACUAAGUUCAGAUAUGGAAGAAGUGUUUCAGUCACAAGACAUUGAAAAGAUAACAGAAAAACUGUCAGGGAUGCAGCAAAGUUUGCAAAUACUGGUAGACACACCUGACUACAUGGAGAAGUGCCAGCACCUAGAGAAACUCAAAAAUCGUUUGGAGGCACUAGUCAGUCCUCAGUUGAUCGCAGCCUUUAACUCCCAGAAUCUGGAGGACACUCAGAGGUUUACCCACAUAUUUGAAGAGAUGGGGCGCCUGCCUCAGUUGUAUAAGUAUUAUCACAAGUGCUGCAAGACUCAGAUUCUGCAGUCCUGGAAGACAAUUGUUGAGACACACAGCGCUGGCAAGCUGCAGGAGUGGAUGACUGAACUCUAUGACCUGCUGCACUCCACAUGGCAUUUACAGAUCAUGUGGACAUCUGCGGUUUUCAAAGAGCCUGUACCUGUCAUUGUGGACAUGUUGUCUGAUGCCUUGCUGACACUGGAUCCAUCACUGUCUAGUUGUUUUAAUUCUCACCUGCAGCAGAGUUCUGACAUCCUUGAUGCUCUUGUGGAACUGAAGCAGGGUUCCGACAGAUUUGCGAAGAGCAUAGAAACAGCUGUUGAAGCUUAUCUGACAGACACUGCAGCAGAAGCUAGCAGCCUUGAGCGUCUGCUCCAAGCUGUGUACCAGCCAUACAGACCCUACUUGGUCAAGUACAAGGUGUUUGAAGAGGUGGCUCUUAGCAAGGCCCUAGACAAUGUCCGAUUGGAUCAUGAAGAAGUCUUUGACACUGUGCAACUCUUAUCAGAAUCAGUCAACAAGAUCUUCAGUGCUGCCAAUAUGUCCAAUGAUCGAUGCCGAAAACUAAGCAAUGGUUGCUGUUACCGGGCACUGCUUGAGGCAUAUAAGACAUUCUUUGCAAGUUACACACGGGAGUUUCGACGAGUGCUGGUCAACAUUAGAGAGAAGUGCAGAGCAGGUGGAACAAAUGAAGUGGAAGACUGGUCCCACUUUCAACACUCUCUCCGCAUCAUUCAGACCUGUGGUUGUCUUCUGAUGAGCAUGCAAGAUCUGGACAAGCAGCUUAUUACCACCAUACUGCAAACUCUGGCACCACUCUUGCAGAGUUGGGACUACAGCAGAAAACACAUCAGCCGCAUUCAGACCCUGUCAUUCCAGGCAUCAUUAUUCCUGAGUAGUGAGGAUGAAAGGGAAGCUCUGGUAGCCUUUGUGAAAAAGCUGGAAGAUGGAGACACACCAUCUGUGUUAACGGAAGUCAUGACAGACCUCGGUCGACUCAGUGAAGAUGUUCACAAAUUUGCCUUUGAGAUAGUCUUUGCACAACUCAAGAAUUACUUGAGCAAUGUUUCCACCAUGGAGGUCUGGACUUCCCAAAGCUCUGGGGGAGCUUUAACUUCGGACCUUCCAACCUUUAGCAUGGCACCUCAGGAGUAUAUUACAAAGAUUGGUCAGUACCUAAUGACGCUGCCUCAGCACCUGGAACCCUUCACCAUUCAAGACAGCCCUGCGCUAACAAUCGCCCUGAGACACAGCAAGCUGCCCUACACCAGUGAGCAAGAGCCGCCCGAGCACUUGGCUGACCUGUGGCUGGAGUCAGUGGCACGGGGUACAAUGCAUGUGUUUGGGGAGGAAAUGCUGAAGAUCCCACAGCUGACGUCACAUGGCACCAAGCAGCUCAUCACAGACCUGGAGUACCUGACCAACGUUCUGGACGACCUUGGCCUCCAGACCUCGGAGACGCUGACGCAGAUCGACGCGCUGCUGCGUGCCCGGCCGGAAGAGUUUUCUGAGCGGGCCGAGCUGAUGCCACAACGAUUGGCUCACACCAUCGCCAGCACGCGCGGCCUCGACGUGUGAUGACGUCAUGCAGAACACGCCGGGGGACCAGGUGGGGGCUUAGUCACCUGGCGUGACCUACAGACCUGAGAGUCUAAGGUCCGGACACGCUGGGAAGCCUUAUAGUCACUGUUCGUGUUGUCGACCGACAACAAGCAAGAGUUGUCCCCUCGCUUUCUCGCUCGCAGGCGUCGCCACCUUCUGGGAACAGGCCUACAGAUGUGCGGCUGUGGGCCAAUCGUAUGUUUACUAUCAGGAACAAACUUCGUGUUGGUGUUGGUAACUUUUGGUGGACACUUCUCAUUUUUAUUUCUUCUGUCGCGUGCUGAUUUGAGGGGGAAAAGAGACAUUGUCGGGAGCAGCGAGGAGUGUUGUAGAGAGGGGACUCUUCAUCGUAGCGCUCAUCUGGUGUACAUGAUUCUUAUCAGUGUAACGUUUAAGUUAAUUACAUGAUUUUUUUAGGCGAAGAAAUAUUCCAAAAUAAAUGUGAUUUGUACUCUAUCAGAGUACUAGUGGGAACUUUUCUUGCAACGCAUUGCAUCAUAUAAAUAAGAAAGGAAUAGUCGACAUCUCCAUAAAGUAUCAUUCGACACAACAGCAGUCAGUACAACAACAGUCGAUGCCAGUCUAACAAAAGCCAGAUAUUUUGCAAAACAGGUGACGGCUAGACAUUGCAAAAGCGAGAUUUGACCUUUUCACCGUUGCCCUGUGCCAUGGUUGUCAGUAAAAUCAAUAUUAGAAAUAAUAUACAGCAGACUGUUUAGCCGGGGUGAGGAACAGAACAGAAAAUGAAUCGCUGUGCAUCAUGGGUAUAGAACAUUGCGCAGUGGGAGAACUGUGCACGACAUUCCAUGCACAAAUUACUUCACUUUCCUUCACCAAGAAAUACAGACUGGCGACUUCUUUACUCUUGCUGUAGGGGAUCACAAUCAUAUGAAACUGUUGCAAUAUUAAAUGUCCAUCUUCAUCAUCAUCAUUAUUGUUGUUAUUCAUAAAACAAGACUAUGAAAUAGCCAAUAGUCUGAUUUCACUCUCCUCAGAGACUAGAAGGUCGCCUACCAUCCGUAUCGGCUGCCUGAACUGAGCGUUCGCACAUCUUAAAUAUAUCGGAAACCGUU